AUGGAGGAGGAGCAGACGUACCUGGAGCUCUACCUGGACCAGUGCGUCGCCCAGGAUGACCUCGCUCCGCCCAGGUCACCGCUGCUCAGUCCAGUUGUACCUGAUGAUGUGUACAUGCCUAAUUCAUCCCAUCCAGAGACUGUGUUUAAUUCACAUCUUGAAGAAGUCAAAGAAACAUCUGGCCAUUUCUCAUCUGUGGAUCUUAGCUUCCUGCCAGAUGAACUUACCCAAGAAAAUAAAGACCAGAGUAUCAUUAGAAGCAAGCAUGAAAUUGAAGAAAAUUAUAAAACUCAAAGUCAGCAAAGUAGGUUGUCAUUACCCAGAGAGCAGGACAUUGGUCUGGGCUUAAUAAGCAACAGCAGUUUGUCGAAUUCGCAUUCACAUCUGUACCCUGGUGAUGCUGACUCAGUCCAGUCCUCUCUUGAGAAACCAAACUCCAUGCCUCUGGUGUCCAUAACUCCCAUGACACCACUGACCCCUGUUUCAGAAAGUUCUGGAAUUGUGCCUCAACUACAGAAUAUAGUUUCCACUGUAAACCUGGCCUGUAAAUUGGAUCUGAAGAAAAUAGCUUUGCAUGCAAAAAAUGCAGAAUAUAACCCAAAGAGGUUUGCUGCUGUCAUAAUGAGGAUCCGAGAGCCCAGAACAACAGCCCUCAUAUUUAGCUCUGGGAAAAUGGUCUGCACGGGAGCCAAAAGUGAAGAGCAGUCUCGACUUGCAGCGAGGAAGUAUGCUCGUGUGGUACAGAAGCUGGGGUUCCCAGCCAGAUUCCUCGAUUUUAAAAUUCAGAACAUGGUUGGAAGCUGUGAUGUGAGAUUUGCCAUCAGGCUGGAAGGUUUGGUGCUAACCCAUCAGCAGUUCAGUAGUUAUGAACCUGAACUGUUUCCUGGCCUUAUUUACAGAAUGGUAAAACCACGAAUUGUGUUGCUUAUCUUCGUAUCUGGAAAAGUUGUGUUGACAGGUGCCAAAGAACGUUCUGAGAUCUAUGAAGCAUUUGAAAACAUCUAUCCUAUUCUAAAGGGUUUUAAAAAAGCUUGAGUAUGUCACUCAGCAUCUCACAUUAUAUUGGUUUGAGUGUGUGCAUAAGCCCAGUGCACAAACCACUAGACUAGAUUUUCUAUGCAGAUUUUGACUUUAUUUGUUAAAAGAUGAUUCCAUAUGAGUAUCCAUGCCUAAGAACUGAAGAAACUUCUU